GGUAAGAGGACAUCAAAUAUGCGAGAAGAGAAAUAACUGUACCACAAUGAUUGCAAGACUGGCUGCAAUGAUUGUUCUCAGCGUGGCACUUCUUUUUCAUACUGUUGAGGCUUCCCACCGGAUCAGCUUAACUCUGGUAAACAUCGGUGAUGAUAUAACAUUUGACUGCAACGUUUCUGAGAAGGAGCUUAAAUUUGUUAACUGGUAUAAGCAAUCUCUUGGACACAUGGUUGAAAUAGUGGCUUCUGUGAUCCUUCAUCAAACAACAAUAGGGGAAAAAUUUAAAGGCUCUCACUUUGCAAUAACACCAAAAGGGACUAGUUAUGAUCUCACUAUCUUCAAUAUCAGCAAAGAGGAUGAAGCAGCAUAUUUCUGUCACAUUGGAACAACAUAUGCACAGAAGUUCAUCAGCGGCACUUUCCUAGCUGUGAAUGAUGAUAAACAGAGGAAAUCUCUCUACUUGAAACAACAUCCAAAGACUGAAUUGGUUCAGCAGGGAGAGACAGUAACUCUCCAGUGUUCACUUCUCUCCAACAAUAAAGAAAAGUCCCAGUGCCCAACUAAACCCAGUAUGUACUGGUUCAGAACUGAAUCAGAACGAUUCCAUCCAGGCAUCAUUUAUACUCAGAGGAACAUCAGCGACAAAGACUUGGCAAGAAGCUGUUCUUACAGUUUAUCUGUACGAGACUCCUCUGAUGCUGGAAUUUACUACAGCGCUGUGGUAGCAUGUGGAUCAAUCGUGAUUGGUGAAGGAACCAAUGUGGGGAUAAAGCAAGACGUUGACAGUCUUGUCAUUAUACUUGGAGGACUGUUGGUCUGCUGUGCUAUUCUUAUAGUCCUCCUAAUUUUCUACAUUAAACUGAAACAAAAGUGUGGACAAGGCAAAGGUCAAAAUGGUGGUACCCGUCUGGUAGAGGAUGACAAAUCAGAAGUUGUUCACACAAGAAACUUGGAUGGUGAAACCAUAGAAGCAAACUAUGCAUCAGUGCAAACCCGGGUUAGAAGGUCCAAUGAGAAGAAAAAUCUUCUUGAACAAUGUGUUUACUCCUCUGUCAAAUCAGAUGGUCACCAAAAUCAGCUCUCCUCACUCCUGUCAUUACAUCACUCUUAAUAUUUGAUGCUCUUCUUUUUGAGCAUAUUUCAGUAACAUAAUUUGUAAUGCAAAAUCCUGUUUUUUUUUCUUUUUCUUAUUUGUUCAUCUUGUAGUAUCAGUGUGUUGACACGAAAAAAAAACAGCCAUUCUAUAUUCCAUGGAUCACACCAAGUAAUUUGUUUUUGCCGAAAUCAACUAAAUUGCACAGAAUUGUAAAUUAUGUUGACAAAUAUGUAACAGAAUAAAAGCUGAAUAAAUUAUUGCAAUAGA